CGGUGCCGCGCAGCAGCGGCGGCGGAGCGCGAUGGAGGGCGGCGGAGGCGCGUACGGGGCGGCCAAGGCCGGCGGUAGCUUCGACCUGGUGCGCUUCGUGCAGCAGCCGCAGGUGCUGGCGCGGAUCGUCAGCGCGAUCUUCGCCCUGAUCGUGUUCUCCUGCCUGGUCGGGGAUGGCUACACGAGCCGGCCCGAGGACCCGCGGCUCUUCUGCGUCUUCAACGGCAACGAGGACGCCUGUCGCUACGGCAUCGGCAUCGGCGUCCUGGCCUUCCUCGCCUGCAUCUUCUUCUUCAUGGUGGACGUGUAUUUCCCCCAGAUCAGCAACACUACCGACCGCAAGUACCUGGUGCUGGCCGACCUGGGCUUCUCAGGUCUCUGGACCUUCCUGUGGUUCAUCGGCUUCUGCUUCUUGACGAACCAGUGGUCCUGGACACGGCCCCAGGAUGUGUACAUCGUAGCGGACUCUGCUCGUGCUGCCAUCACCUUCAGCUUCUUCUCCAUCUUCUCCUGGGGACUCCUGCUCACCUUUGCUUACAAGAGGUACAAAAUGGGAGUGGAGGACUUUCUUCAAAGCUAUGCCGACCCCAGCCCAGAGGUUUCGACUCCCUACUCCAGCUAUCCCAACAUCAGCCAUGAGAGCUACCAGCAGCCACCCUUCACGAACACAGCAGAGGCCCCGGAGGGCUACCAGCCACCACCAGUGUAUUGAGCCCUGGCUGGUGCCCGCAGGAUGGCUGUACCAGUGCAAUUCCUUCUGCGGGGUGGGAGGGAGGGAUCUGUGACUUGGAGGGGACAGUGGGGCGGGAGGGUGAUGGCUGCUUUGUUUGAAGGUGAUCGGGCCUCUUCAUGGGGUGCAGGAGGGGCUUCUGCCUGGUCCUGGAGCUGAGAUCCUCGUUGGAGGGUCCAGAGCCCAGUGUGUGGUGGGUGAUCUGGCACACGAUGAUUUGCAGCUGCUGUGUCAGAACUGCAGUUGCAGGAGGCCGGGUGGCCCUGGCAUGUACGAGCCUCUGCUUCUAUGGUGCCUUGGUGGCAGAGCAGUUCACACCCCGACCCUGGCCAGCUGUGCCCCUGUGACUGUUGCCCUGGCCCGUCCUGUCUCCAGUGCCUUUCAGCCCUGCUGGCUGCGCUCCCCCAAGUGCCGUCCCUCGCUGCCCUAGCACAGCCAGGCCCAGCUCCUGCCUGCGCUGGCUUCCUGUGCCUUCCCCCAGCGGCUGCUUCUGGGUGAGCUAUUGCCAAAGCCCCCUCUUCUCUUGUCCCUGAUGCCGUGCUGUGCCUUCCCCCAGCCUGCACUAGAGCUGCUGGUGCUUGGAUGAUGUGGUUUGGGGUCUGGGGGAGCUGUGAGCACUGAGAGCCCUCAGCAGGGCCAUGGCUGAGGACAGUCCUGGAGCAUUUUCUUGCCCUUGCGUGCCUGCCCGAGUGCUGCCUCUGCUGCUGAGUGCCUGCACCCAGUGCCUGUGGGCUGUUGUCUCAGGUUGUUUGCUGCUGUGCUGUGGUAAAGCUGUUCCCAGCAGCCGUGUGGGCCAUCACUGCUGGGGCCAGUGUUCAAGUAGUUGUCACUGUAGGGUUGGAAUAAACUUUUUCACCAAGCCAA